AUGUGGCCGCAGAGGCACCACCACGAGCUACAGUUCCCCAAUGAGCCGGAUCAGGUCAAUUUUACACGGGAAUUUAAUGAGAAAUAUUUGCUACCCAUUGUACAAGAGAGACAUGAGGGUGAUUUUAUCCGCCUGCGCCAAGGGACAUCCAGCGUGGCGGAAUACGAGACUCAGUUUACGAAACUCUCUCGCUUCACGCCGGACUUGGUACUAACAGAGCAGAAGCGAAUUCGCCGCUUCAUUCAAGACUUAAAUGUGGAGAUUCAGGAGGCUUUAGCGACUGCUCAGUUGGACACGUUUAGCCAGGCACUAGAAAAGGCUCAGAGAAUUGAGAUUGCCAGGGGACAAGUCAAACCCUUCCAUGAUCGGAAAAGGAGGCAACCUAGCAUUAGCAACUUCAUGGCCGGACCGAGUUCGAGAAACGAACCACCUUCUAAGAUGGGUCGAGGGACGGGUGGUCCACAACCCGCAGGGACCCCAAAUCGGGGUAAUGUUGGAAUGGGUCAGGAAGGGCAAGGGCCCCAGAGGGGAACCAAGCAUAGAGAGUCGAAUACAGGAAUUAAGCAGACUUAUGUACGAAGAAAGUUAACUUCUUUUACUCUUAUCUCUGAGAUUCGGGCUCGAAAAUUGCUAUACAAGGAGACACAAGGUUAUUUGGCAAUGUUAAUGAAUGCUCCGGUGGAUCAGUUGAAAGUAGAAAAUAUACCGGUGGUAUGUGAAUUUUCUGAGAUGUUUCCCGAAGAACUGACAUCACUACCUCCGGAAAGGGAAAUAGAAUUUAAGAUUGAUUUGCAUCCUGGAGCAGAGCCAAUAUCGAAAAUUCCGUAUCGUAUAGCUCCUGCAGAACUUAGAGAGUUGAAAAUUCAGUUGCAAGAAUUGCUGGAUCGAGGAUUUAUACAGGAAAGCGCAAUUGUAUUUUCUAAAUUGAAUUUUCGGCAGGGAUAUUACCAGUUAAGGAUACGAAGGGAGGAUGUACCUAAGACCGCCUUUAAUUCGCGGUAUGGACAUUUUGAAUUUGCUGCCAUGUCCUUCGGAUUGACCAAUGCUCCAACCGCGUUCAUGGAUCUUAUGCACCGUAUCUUUAAACCAUAUUUGGACCAAUUUGUUGUGGUAUUCAUCGAUGAUAUUUUGGUCUACUCUAAGACUCGUGAGGACCAUGAACAACAUUUGAGACUAGUACUGCACACUCUUAAGGAAUACAAAUUAUAUGCUAAAUUUAGCAAAUGUGAGUUUUGGUUGGAGAAAGUAUCCUUUUUAAGCCACGUUAUUUCAAAAAAUGGUAUAGCGGUGGACCCCGCUAAGGUGAAAGUGGUCACAGAAUGGAAACGACCAAAAAGUCCAACGAAAGUUAGGAGUUUUUUAGGGCAGGCAGGAUAUUAUCGCCGCUUUAUUAAUGAUUUUUUCAAGAUAGCUGGACCUCUAACGGAUUUGACCAAUAUUCAUAAUCAAUUUGUCUGGACUUCAAAGUGUGAGGCCAGCUUUCAAGAGUUGAAAGGGCGAUUAACUUUCGCACCAAUUUUGACAUUGCCCAACGGAAAGGAUGAUUUUGUGGUAUAUAUGGAUGCGUCUCGGAUGGGUCUAGGCUGUGUACUUAUGCAAAAUGGACAGGUGAUAGCGUACGCAUCCCGGAAGUUGAAAUCUCAUGAGCAAAACUAUCUCACCCAUGAUUUGAAAUUAGCAGCCGUAGUUUUUGCUCUUCAAAAGUGGCGUCAUUAUCUGUACGGGAUAACUUUUGAGAUAUUCACCGACCACAAGAGUCUCAAGUAUUUAUUUUCGCAAAAAGAGUUAAAAUUGAAGCAACGUCGGUGGGUGGAGUUCCUGGAGGAUUAUGAUUGCACUAUUAAGUAUCAUCCAGGAAAUGUUAAUAUAGUAGCUGAUGCUCUUAGCCAUAAAGCUCAAGUGUCCAGUUUGCAGGUAAAAGGGUGGGAGUUAUUAGAUAAGCUGGGGAAUGGAAUCCGCAACUCAAAUCAUCGACAGUGCUUUUUAGCAAUCUUAAAAUAA